AUGACGAUGGAAGCAGGGACGGAAGAGUUCGGCUUGCACCCGAACAGCGCUCAAUGGCUUUCCUCCACGAAGAUGAUGAUCCGCAAUGUGCCAGCACGCUGCACCGAGACGGAACUCCGCAGCUUCCUCGAAUCCCUCACGUCGACCGAGUACGUGCUGGAGAUGCCAAAAACAAGCCAAACGAAGUGCAAGGGGUACGCGUUCGUGGAGAUGUGUGACCCGCUCUCGCUUGCUGCUCUGGCGGAAGCACUGUGGCAGCAGCGCCUCCCCACCCGAGCGAGCGAGCGCGCGUUGAAGAUCCACCCAGCCAAGUUCGUCGCAGAGAUGCUUCCUCCGGCCCCGGCCUCGAAGCUCUACUUCGACCUCUAG